CCUUCUACAUUCAUUGAAAGAAAAGGAUUAACCAUUUUCUCAAACAGUUAGGGAAGGUGGUUAAUCUCUAACGAACUUUUACAUGCCAUCAUAAUCAUUUUUUUUUCAUCACAAUGACUCACAAGAAAUCAGCAAAGAGAUCUCUAACAUCCGAAAUGGAUCGAAAUGUUCGACAAAUGAUGAAACUAAUUGAAGACAAUGGAGAUUCAUUUGCACAGAAAGCUGAAAUGUAUUACCAAAAGAGACCAGAAUUGAUUUCCCUUGUGGAAGAGUUUUACCGCGGUUAUCGAUCAUUAGUUGAACGUUACGACCCUGCUGCAGGUGAUUUGUGGAAAAACAUACCUUCUGAUCUUCAAUCUCAAGCCUCGGGUGGUGUUUCUGAUAACGGUUCCGAACCACCUUCUUCUUCUUGGCCUUCUCCUUCUCCUAGGAAAAUGGUACGUAGAAUAUCGGGCACACGCGCUCCAGGGUUCGAUUUCUUUCUUGGUUCUGGUGGAAAUAAUAACGGUUAUGAUUCGUCAUGUCAAAAAGAUGGUGAUGCAUGUUCUACUUUGUCAGAUAGCGAUGAUGAAUACGACGAUGCUUCGUCUUUCUAUAGUUAUUUGGGUUUCUUUGGGAAUGCAAGUGAUAAUGGCAUGACUAAAAGGGUAAUUGAAUUGGAAAUCGAGUUGCGUGAGGCACAAGACAAGAUUUUAGUAUAUGAACAACAAGAACAAGAACAUAGUGAAGAUGGUGUCAAAAUCAAUGCAUAUGAACAAGAAUUGAAGAUUGUAAAUGAAAAGUUGAAGCUUUCACAAGAGAAAAUUCAUAAACUUGAGAUCGAGGUUGAAAAAAAUAAGUCAAUAGAAUCAUCGGUUCAUUUAGACGAUGAUACUUGUUCCAAACCAGGUCAAGACCGAUCGGAAGUGGACCUUUGCGCCAUCAGUACUAACGAAUUAUCAACAUCAACCGAAGAGGAUCUUAAGAUGAAAAGGGAACUCAAAUUCUUUGAAGAUGAGCUUAGAUUGGCAAAUGAGAGACAUGAACAAUUGCAGGAUCAACUUAACUUGGCUCACAAGGAAACUGCUACAUGGAAAACUAAGUUCAAUUCUGAGAAGAGAGAUAACAUUGAGCUUCAAGAAAGGGUUGCAAGAUUGAAAACAAGUCUUUCAGAAAGAGAACAAGAGAUCAAGGAUUUAAAAGCCGUUUUGUCCGAGACGGAACAGAAAAACUUGUUUGAAAAAUCACAAUUAAAGACUGAAGUGUGUAAAUUGUUUGAACAACAUAAUCACAUGGAAGAGAAACUCCGAGAUGAAAUUGAGAUGUUGAGGCGAGAGAUUUACGAAAGAAAGGAUAAUAUCAAAGAUCUUAAUGCGAGACUUGGAGGUUUGAUAUUAGAGAGAGAUAAUCUCAAUGAAGAAGUUGGUUUACUCAAAGAAGAGAUGAAUUCAAGAGUCAAGCAGAUUGAAAAGGCAAAUAGACAUGUGGUAGAACUAGAAUCAAAAGAACAGGAACUAGAAGAUGAGAUUGAGAGGCAAAAGAUUGAGAUAAUAGAAGGAGCUGAAGAGAAACGCGAGGCGAUAAGACAGUUAUGCUUUUCACUUGAGCACUAUCGAAAUGGAUAUAAUGUUUAUAAGAAGGCAUUCAUAGGUCACAAGAGGUUUCCACUCAUGGCAUCCUAAUGUACCGACGCAUAUGAUCUUGUACAAAGUGUUUUGAAAACCAAACCAGACAUUGAACCGGCGAAAUGGUCAGAACAAGGAUGAAAAAUGCUCGAAUAGCUCAAAUAACUGAAGCGUAGACGUGCUGGUUCACCGAUCAAUUGAUUGAAUCAGUAGGUUCCGUUAGGUUAGUAUAGCAUAAUCCUUUUUUUAAAUCUUUUUUCCUCUCAAUCUCAUUGUGUUUGAGAUGUAUUUUCUUAUGCUUUGGAGUGUGAUGAUGUUAAUAACCACAAAUCAUGAGAAGGUAGAACUUAGAAAAGAUGGAUGAUCUUCAAAAAUUUGUUUGUCCAAGAUAUAUAAGAUCUCAAUUAUCUCGCG